AAAAAUGAUAAAAAUUGAAUUUGAUUACUGUACAAUGACUUUUAACUUUGUCACCAUUGAUCAAAACUGUUUAAUAAGUUCUAAACUGUUGAAUUUCCAUAAAAGUUUAUUAAAAAUAACAAAAAUCAAAUAAAUUAAAUUUGUGAAGGUAAUCUUAAAAGAGCGUUUUAAAAAAAAAUAGGAACAAGAUAUAUAAAAGAAAAAAUUAAAUAAAAGAUGAGGCCAUUGAAAAAUUAUAUAUAUAUAUAUAUAUAUAUAUAUAUAUAUCUCAUUAUGCACGUACACCAAAAAUAUAUAUUUAUGGAGAAAAGAGAGAUGAAUAGUUUUGGGGGUGACAGAGAAUUAAAUGAGAGCAAUUUAGUUAUUUCAGGCAUUUGAUAUUUUGGAUUAAAAUAGAUUUAAAAAAUAGGGAUAAAAUUGUCAUUUUGCAUUUUUUUUAACGGAAAAAGAAAUUGGGAUCUGAGUAAAAUGUUUGAGAGUAAUAUUUGGCUAAAUCUAAAAGGAUGUCAGUGAAAUUAACCCUAGAAUUUUAAAGAGAGCGAUGAGGUGAAUUUGAGUUUUUUAUAUUAUGAGUGAAAUAUGAGAGAAUUUAGAGAGAUGGGAGGUGAAUAUGGAUCGCUUAUAUAAUCGGUGAAAUAUGAAUUGAAUAUUGGUAUUCAUAUCUAACCCGUUUACUCCUUUAUAAAUAUGAGUUGAAUAUGAAUAUUCAUAUACAAUUCGUAUUUAAAUUUGGUUCAUCCAUAUUCAUUCAAAUGCGAGCGAAUAUGGGCCGUUUAGUGGACUAGGAAUAAUUUGUCAAUGAAAUGAUAAGAAAAACUUGAACUCACAAAUCAUGGCUAGUCUAAUGAGCACGAGAUUCCUACCAUCAUAGGGUGUAAUGGGAUCAGAAGUACAUAAUCUCAGCAGAAUGGGCAUGAAUGUUCAGGCAGCCAGUAUAAUCUUCUUGGAUUUGCCUGUUGGCACUGGAUUCUCCUAUGCAAGGACUUCGCGUGCUUCUCAUUCAGUGGACAUUCAGUCAUGUGACCAAGCUGUCCAGUUUCUUAGAAAGUGGCUGAUUGAUCAUCCAGAAUUUAUCUCGAACCCAGUCUACGUGGGUGGAGACUCAUACUCUGGACUUACUGUUCCAGUUAUCGUUCAAAUGAUGUCAAAUGGAAAUGAAGCCGGUAUUGAACCAUCGAUUAAUCUCAAGGGAUACUUACUUGGCAAUCCGAUAACAUUACCAGCUUCUGAAAGCAAUUACCAAAUCCCAUUUGCUCAUGGGAUGGCACUUAUUUCAGAUGAACUCUAUGAGUCAUUGAAGAGAAGUUGUAGAGGAGAGUAUCAAUAUCCGAACAUAGAUCCUACCAAUUCUCUGUGUUUGAAGGAUCUUCAGGCUUUCGAUCAGAGUAUUAGUGGAAUUCAGAAUGCACAUGUUCUAGAAAAGUUGUGCGGUUUCGCCUCUCCAAAACCACAUGAAUUGUUUGGCAAAAGAUUGCUAAACGAGAAAUCCAGAGAGCUCUCUGUUCCUGAACCAUCAUCACUCUCUGCAUUUAGUUGUCGCAUUGAUGGAUAUCUGCUUUCUUAUUACUGGAUUAGCGACGAUAGAGUCCAAGAAGCACUUCAUAUAAGAAAGGGAAGUAUAGGGAACUGGAUAAGAUGCGACCAUGGAUUGUCUUAUACACCCACAAUCAAGGACAGUUUCCAUUACCAUGUAAACCUCAGCACUAAAGGUUACCGGUCUCUCAUAUACAGUGGUGACCAUGACAUGAUAGUGCCAUUUUUGUCAACUCAAGCAUGGAUAAGAUCUUUAAAUUACUCCAUUGUUGAUGACUGGCAUUCCUGGAUUGUCGAAGGCCAAGUUGCCGGUUAUACAAGGACUUACUCCAAUGGGAUGACAUUUGUGACAGUGAAGGGAGGAGGGCACACAGCUCCAGAGUACAGGCCCAAAGAAUGUUCAGUUAUGUUCAAAAGGUGGAUAGUUCAGGAACCUUUGUAAUGAAUCUGAAGCUCCAAAAUUCUGAUAUCACAUAUGGUCUCCUUGUUAUAUUAUCAUAUAUUUGCUUAUUUUAAUUUUAAAUAAUGGUGAAAUUGUGCGUCUAUAAGCACUAGCCUGCAAUUUUAACUUGUACCAGAACUAGAAGUUACAUUAAACUUUAUACAAUAAGUUUUUUAGUCUUUUCGAA